AGUGACAAUGACGUAACACUCGCGCACGGACCUUCGCUGCGGCGCUGCGGACAGACUUCCCUGCGCCGCGGCCGGAGCCCCUGGCGUUGCGGUGCGGCCGCGCGCGGACAGACUUCCGCAACAGGAUUCCGGCCUGGCAGCCGCCUGGCAACCGCCCGCUCACCCAGAGCCAUGGCCGCAGCCGGUGGGCCGGAAGCUGCUGGACGCUGCCCCCUUCUCAGCCUCCUUUUGCUUCUGCUGAUCGCGGGCCCUGCCCUCGGCUGGGAAGACCCUGACAGAAUAUUGUUGCGGGAUGUAAAAGCUCUCACCCUCUACCAUGACCGCUAUACCACCUCUCGUAGGCUGGAUCCGAUCCCACAAUUGAAAUGUGUUGGAGGCACAGCUGGUUGUGAUUCUUAUACCCCCAAAGUCAUACAAUGUCAGAACAAAGGUUGGGAUGGUUAUGAUGUACAGUGGGAAUGUAAGACCGAUUUAGAUAUUGCGUAUAAAUUUGGAAAAACUGUGGUAAGCUGUGAAGGCUAUGAAUCCUCUGAAGACCAGUAUAUACUAAGAGGUUCCUGUGGCUUGGAGUAUAACUUAGAUUAUACAGAACUUGGCCUGAAGAAAUUGAAGGAGUCUGGAAAAAAACAUGGCUUUAACUCUUUCUCUGAUUAUUAUAAUAAGCUGUACUCCCCAGAUUCAAGUGGCAUCAGUGGAUUGAUUACCAUCAUAGUACUACUUGCUAUUGCUUUUGGAGUUUAUAAAUUGUUCCUUAGCGAUGGUCAAGAUUCUCCUCCACCAUAUUCUGAGUAUCCUCCAAAUUCCCAUCAUUAUCAGAGAUUCACCAACUCAGCAGGACCCCCUCCUGCAGGCUUUAAGUCUGAAUUCACAGGACCACACGGUGCAGCUUCUGGUUUCGGCAGUGCUUUCACAGGACAACAGGGAUAUGACAAUUCAGGACCAGGGUUCUGGACUGGCUUGGGAACUGGAGGAAUAUUAGGAUAUUUGUUUGGCAGUAACAGAGCAGCAACACCCUUUUCAGACUCGUGGUACUACCCGUCUCCUUCAUACUCUAGCACAUGGAAUAGUCGUGCUUACUCACCCCUUCGUGGAGCCUCAGGUAGCUAUUCAGCAUAUUCAAGCUCAGAGACAAGAACCAGAACAGCAUCAGGAUAUGGUGGUACCAGAAGACGAUAAGAGACUAAAAAGUUGAAGUCAAACACUGGAUGCAAAAUUUCUGAUUUUAAAGUACUGGUGUGAAUUAAAAAAAAAAAAAAAGUGCUACCUGCUAACAACUGGGGAAUAUGUAAAAGCUGUGUGGUUUUUUUGGUCCUGUAUUGCUUUUUGUGCUCUAUUACUUGAGACUAACAGUUGAUCUAUGAGAAAAUGCUUCUGUAGAGAAUUGUAUGUUAGUGUAAUGUGCAGUUGUGUUUUACAGUUUCUGAAAGUGAUGAUUACUGUGAAAAGCUGAAAGUGCGUUAAUUUCUAAAACCUAUGACGUCAUUAAGAAUGAAGGCUUUAUGACCAUUAGACACUGGGUACAGAAAAUGUCAAUCUUAUGUGGUUUUAGUUGAUGAGUCAUUACCUUAUAAAAACGAUAAUAAUCUAUUUGGCAUUUACUGUGUUGUGUUUACUGUUCUUCAAACAUUUAAACCAAGCUUUGGACUACCAAUUGUACUUAUCUGUAUGUUCUGAUCACUUUUGAGCUCAUGAGCUUUGAAUCCUUCAGUGGCGGUGGGGUUCAAUUAAGUGAGAAUGACCUUUUUUGGGAAAAGAUAGAAAAUAUCUAGAAAGUUGUUGCGAAUGAUUUCUGUGCUGACAAAGAUGGCUUGAAACCUCCAUAUUCAUUUCUUAAGUAAGGUUUAAAUGCUUCAGCAAAGGUGUUUUACUAGCAAAAGCAUGCAAUUCUCUGUGGGAUCUCCAGUGUUGUUGUAGCAAUCUGUUUCAAUCUUACAUUAAAAUGACAGGAAAAAUAAAAA